AUGUACGCACAGAGCUUUGUGGCCUUCUUGGCACUCGCCAACACGGCGCUAGGCUUCCCGCACGCAAUCAGGUCUACCGGGUCCAAGGCUGAGCUUUUUGCUCAGCUCGAGGCGCUCACCAAGACUGCCACCGAGAAGACCCUUGAAGACAUCAGGAGCGGCGACUCAUCGCGGACUAGUGCUUCCUGCACACCCGAGACCGUCAAAGUCCGCAAGGAAUGGGGUGCCCUGAGCAAAGAUGAGAAGCUCUCAUACAUCGAGGCCGUAAAGUGCCUGCAGUCCAAGCCUGGCAAGACCCCUGCGGACCUGGCCGAGGGUGUCAGGACUCGCUUUGAUGACUUUGUAGCCACACACAUCAACCAGACCAUGGCAAUCCACUACACAGGAAACUUCUUGUCGUGGCAUCGCUAUUACACCCACCUGUACGAGGAGACUCUUCGUGAGGAGUGUGGCUACAAUGGUGUCCACCCAUACUGGGACUGGGCCUUGACCGCCGAGACUGGUAUGGAGACCUCUCCUAUCUGGGAUGGCAGCGAGACCUCGCUCGGUGGAAAUGGCGAGUACAUCCCCAACAAGGGCCCCGUGGUCAUUGACAUGCCGGGCCUGCCCCCUUUCCCUCUGCCCACCGGCUCUGGCGGUGGUUGUGUGACGACCGGGCCCUUUGCCAACAUGACUGUCAACCUUGGGCCAAUCUCGCUGCCCGCUCCGGGCCCUGUGACCCUCGGACCGCCCGGCGGCAAGAUGCUGGGCCACAACCCUCGCUGCCUGAAACGAGACCUCACCACAGAGCUGCUUCAGCAAUACGCCAACAUCGACGAGGUGCUUGACCUUCUCACCAAGCCCACCACCAUCGACGACUUCCAGAUGACGAUGCAGGGUGUGCCCGGUGUUGGUCUUGGUGUUCACGGAGCCGGCCACAUGUCUAUGGGUGGUGACCCUGGCAUGGACGUCUACGCCAGCCCCGGCGACCCCGUCUUCUACCUGCACCACGGCAUGAUUGAUAAGGUCUGGUGGAUCUGGCAGAAGCUGGGCGGCGAGGAGCGGGUGACGGGUGAGCAGGCAAUCUUUGGCACCAAGACCAUGCUCAACGUGCCGGCCAGCGACCAGGCUUCGCUUGAGGACUUUGUCGAGUAUGGCUUCGCUGCCGGCCCGCCUCGCCAGAUCAAGGAGCUCAUGAGCACGACCAUGGGACCUUUCUGCUAUGUGUACGAAUAA